GGCGGCCUCCUCCUCGGUCCCGCCGGCACCAUGAGCAUCGAGAUCCCGCCGGGCCUCACCGAGCUGCUGCAGGGCUACACGGUGGAGGUGCUGCGGCACCGGCCGGCCGACCUGGUGGGCUUCGCCGCCGACUACUUCACCCGGCUGCGGGAUGCCCGCGAUCAGGAGGCGACCGGCGACGGCGGGAGGGUGGUCAGCUUCGAUGGGGAGCCCAUGCAGACCGAGUCCAACGGCGAGGAGGAGCCCGAGCGCGGCGACGAGGAUUCCGACUCGGACUUCGAGCCUCCAGUCAUUAACCGAUACAACAGAAGAGUAUCAGUUUGUGCUGAGGCUUUCAAUCCAGAUGAAGAGGAAGAAGACACAGAACAAAGGGUAGUUCAUCCAAAAACUGAUGAACAGCGAUGCAGACUGCAGGAAGCAUGUAAAGAUAUCCUGCUCUUCAAAAAUCUAGAUCAGGAGCAGCUGUCUCAAGUCCUUGAUGCCAUGUUUGAGAGGAAGGUGAAACCUCGUGAACAUGUGAUUGAUCAAGGGGACGAUGGAGACAACUUCUAUGUCAUUGAAGAGGGCUUGUAUGAUAUUGUUGUAGCAAAAGACAACCAGGCACGCUGUGUGGGCCGCUAUGAUAAUCGCGGCAGUUUUGGGGAACUGGCGUUGAUGUACAAUACUCCUAGAGCUGCCACCAUUGUUGCCACAACAGAAGGAGCCCUUUGGGGACUGGAUCGAGUGACAUUCAGAAGAAUUAUAUUGAAAAACAAUGCAAAGAAGAGGAAGACAUAUGAGUUAUUUAUUGAGUCUGUACCCCUUCUUAAGUCCUUGGAGGCAUCAGAACGAAUGAAAAUUGUGGAUGUUAUAGGAGAGAAAGUGUAUCAGGAUGGGGAACGUAUCAUUUCUCAGGGCGAUAAAGCAGAUUCCUUUUAUAUUGUAGAAUCUGGUGAAGUAAAAAUCAUGAUUAAAAGCAAGACUAUGAUGAGUAAGGAAGCUAACCAAGAAGUUGAGAUUGCCCGGUGUCACAGAGGACAGUAUUUUGGAGAGCUUGCACUUGUUACUAACAAGCCCAGGGCAGCCUCUGCCUAUGCUGUUGGAGAGGUCAAAUGUUUAGUCAUGGAUGUGCAAGCAUUUGAGAGGUUGCUUGGACCCUGCAUGGACAUUAUGAAGAGGAAUAUAACACAUUACGAGGAGCAGCUGGUGGCAAUGUUUGGCUCUAGCAUGGACCUGUUGGAUCCAGGGAAUUAGGCACAGGGUACCUCAGUGCCUUCUUAGUUCAAGACACAGAAAAGCCUCCUAUCAGCAACACAACUCACAAGGAAAAUGGACACUACGGAACAGUUAAUGCUGCUGUCUUCUUGGGCAUUUUAGAAACCAUAAGCAAGUCUCAGCACAGAUGGAUCGCUCACUCCCUGCCUCCACUUUGCUGCUGAUACUUCAUUAUUAGACCUAGAUUAAAGAUGGUUCUAACCCUGAGUUCACUUACUUGGUUCAGAAUGGCAUCUGUCCAACAGUUCAAGUGCCUGAUACAACACGCAAAGUGUGCAAGAUACAGAAGCCUCCUUCCUUCUGGUGUUCCUGUUGGGGUAAAUUUUCAGAUUAGAUUUUGUGGCAGGAGGUUGCCUGUUCCUCAGAGGCAACCUGUGAAAUACAAGCCUUUAAUAGGCUUAUUAUCUUCUAACACUUUAUUUACCCAAAUUUGCUUUUAAUUGUAGCAGCUGGAUUUGAUGUUAAAGUAUCAAUGGAGCCAGUUAGUAAGGUGGCACUGAAGCUUUCUUCCACCUGCUGAAAACUGCAGGUACUAUGUUAAACCAAGUAAACUGAGCUGGGGACACAGGUGAGAGUCUGAUUAGCAACAAAAUGCAGAAAAUGAAGCAUUACUAAAUUUCAAGUGUUUUCUGAGCAGUGAAGAAAAUUACUUCAUGCUUCCCAAAAAAGUGCAGUGGUUCAGAUCAUAUAUAUGGCUUGAAGGUAUCAUAGUUGUCUUCUCCCCAGAUUUGCUCCAUGUUUCUGACACCAUAUAUAUGUAUGUAUAUAUAUAUAUAUAUUUUGUGUCAAAAUCACAAUAGAUAACCUUUCAUUUACAGAGAUCCUUUAGAAGACUGCAAGAUUUGCCAGGGCGCCGUUGUCUGAGUCAAUUUUAAAGCUUUUUAAGCAAGUGAACAUUUUGUAAUUUAAAGGAAGACUACUUCUGUAUUUAUCUACAGGAGCUCCCUCCUUCCAGUGUCACAGUUUUGUAACUUGACACUUGAAUGCUUUCAAAUGCCACGUAGAUUUCAUAAGCCUUUCAAAAGUUGCUAGCAUUUGACUUUGCAAAGCAAGGUCUUUGCUAACUAGGCAGUAGGUGUAUUCGAGGAAUCUUUCGGCUUAGGUGAUAACUAAGCUAAUUAUGUUUAUCUAAAAUAUCUGUUAAAUUUGCAACAUUUACUAAGUAGAUUGUUUCCAUAGCUUUAAUGAACUUAAUUGGCAUACUACUGAGAUUUUAUCAGAGCACUAUAUAAAUAAGGAUCAGACCAUAAGAAGGACAUUUUUAUGGUGUGCAAAAGAAUAUUUAUAUUAAGAUAUGAAAUUCAGAGGUAGUAAAUCUGGUGACCCUUUGAAUUUACGUUCUUCUGCAGCUCGUGCUAAACUUAUUGGUGUUUUAUGAGGAUUAUGAUAUUUUAAUUGUGGUUGCUGGUGUAACAGAAUGUGCUCUCGUGAUUCAUGGCUAUCUGAGCAAGACUAGAAGGAUGCUAAUGUUGAAUUCCUGCUUCUAGUUGUUACAGUGGACAUUUCUUUAAGGCACAGAAAACUCCACUGCAACUCUAAGUUGAUUUCUGGGUGACUUUCUUUUCCCUAAAUAGAUGAGGUCCUCCCAGUUCCUGCAAUAGAAGUAAGAUGGAAACUCAGUAAGUUUGACUAUUGUCCAGUUACUGUAAUUGGAGUAAUAUUUUUAUAAAAUGCAAAUGAUAUGUAAUAGGCACCACUGAGCGGGGUGUUUUCAUAGUAUUAAAGUCCUGGUUGUAAUGUGUAGUGGCUGUUCUAACUGCAUGUAUUUUAGAGCAGUGAAUUUCCCUUGCUUUCCUUGGCUAGUUUUGUUUUUUUUUUGUGAUGAAUUAUAGCCAAAGAAGCAGCAGGUACUUCAUUUAUGCUUUCAUGUUUCUGAGGUUUAACACCAAAGACAAUAUCCUUCUUUUAAUUAUGGAUUUUUUUUAAGUACAAACAAAAGAAUGAAAACAAUCCACUCAUCAGCUCCUUUCCUUGGUAUUUUAAAGUUUAAGAUAAUUUGGGUUCCAAGACAGAAGCCAGCUUGCGACUGUCCUGCAACCCAGACGCAAACUGGUCUGCAAACCAGUGUGAGUUAAAUGCUGCCUACACUGUCAUGUGAACUAAGGAGAAACUUGCUGUGAAUAAUCAUCAGCUGGCCUUCGUUGCUCCCAGGCAGAAUAUCCUCUAUUCAGAGGGGCCUAGCAGGUUGAGCUAUCUCACAGAUGGAUUCUGUUUCCUACAGCCCUUGGUUCUCUGCAGGACAAGAUUUUAUUUCUCAACAUAUGCGAGCAUUAGCAAUUGUUUUGAAACAUAACAAAAAUGCUCAGACUGAUGUUAGAUUUGUAAGCUAAUUCUGCCUGGAAGGGAGGAUUUCAUGGCUUUUGGAAGUCAAAGGAAAGGAUGGGAACAGAAAAUCAGAAGAUUGGGAUCCAAGAACAAGAAUUUGAAGUUCUACCUUUCUCUAGACUCCCUGAAGCAAAAGCAUAUUGGGCAAUGCCAUCCUGCAUCCAGGAUCUGUGACCUCUUUCUGUAAUGUAAAGAGGCAGCCUGACUCAAAUACUUGAGCUGAAGGAGAAUGAGUGUGUAAGAAGGCUCAUCCAUGUAUAAUGCUGUAGUUCACAAUGUGCAUUAGUUUGGUCUAACCAUCCUGUUCUGUCUGGUCUUGGAGCAUGAAGGUAGUGUCCGAAGCUUGUACUGAGAUGCUGAACAUUGCCAGGUACCUGGUUAGCCAAACAGCACCAGCAGUCACCAAAGUCAGAAAACAUGCAAACGACGUUAGCGUGACUGGGGAGUGAAGCGAAGUGCUUGGUUGUAAGGAUCUGCCUGCAUUAUUGUGUCUCAGCUUAUUCCUUUUCACUAUGACUGUUCCUCACAAAUGAGGAGAAUGCAUACUGUUUUUUUAUUGUUACUGCUCAGUGAACAGUAAAUCUGCUGUGGCCUCACUGAAAUGAACAGUGGCGAGAGGUCUAGUUUUUAAUAAAAGAACUCAGCAGCAAAGUGGGUAAAGAGGAUAGUGUCAUUGAGACUUGAAGGGGAAAAAAAGCUUCUGAUUCCCUGCUUGUGAUUGUUGUGAAGGCAGUGAGAGGAGCUUUCAGUGGUCGAAUAUCCUGGCAUAUGGUAUUUCUAUUUAAUGUCACAGCACAGGUUUCACAAUGUUUAAAAAAAAAAAAAAAGAGGGGGUCAGAAGUGCUCUCUUCUAAAAAAGAAAAACAAAACAAUGUGCAAUUUUGCACAGAGGGCAAAAAAGAAAUCCCUUUGAAUGUCACUUCCAGUCUUUCUUUUCCAUUGGCUGAAAAUGGACUCUUGUUCUUGAUGUGUAUUUGUAAACUAGUCUUGCCAAAAUACAGACACUUUGUGUUUCUUUUCACUCCG